AUGGAUCUUAGCAACUUCAUCGGAACUACUCCUGCUACGAGUGAGAAGCAGCACACUUCCAAUUGUACCCAAACCAUUGAUUCCAAUGAACUCUUAGAAAACAUGCUUUGCAUGGAUAUUAGUGAAUUCGACUUCAGCCUCUUCGACAUCCCAUUACCACCUUCAUCAUUGCCGCCUAUUGCUCCUAUUCCUGCACCUGCACAGCCGCCAAAGCUUCUGAGCUUCUCUGAGGUAUCUGAUAAUGUCAAUUUGAUAGGAAGGAAUGGUGCCCUAGCUGCAUGCCGUGGAAACGGCGGUGGAGCGAGUGUAUUAGGCCCCCGCCGUGACAGCAACCGUUUUUGUUUUGGUAGCGGGUCCUCAGCACCACCGUCUUAUUGGAAGAGAACAGUCAUACCUCCGGAAAAGCUUGCGGAACUUGAAAUUUCUGAUCCCAGUAAAGCAAAGAGGAUUAUUUCUAAUAGGGUUGCUGCGAAAAAAUCUAAGGAGAAGAAAAGGAAAUAUGAGAAAGAGCUGGAAAAAAGAGUCGAGUUACUUCAGAUUAGAGCCGAUAAUGUAAUUGCAGAGCGUGUGAUGGCGAUGAAUGAAGUUAUGCAAUUAGCUGCUGAGCGCAAGAGGAUCAAAGACCAGAUAGAGUCUACUUUACAGCAUCAACAACAGCAAAGAGCUGUGAUUGAAUUGAUGAAGCAAGAAGCAGAUAUCCUUAAGAGGCAAAUUCAUGACAUGAAUAAAGCAAUGGCUGAUUUAUCUUUUGGUGAACCGGUCUCUCAAUCCCAGCCUCAGGUUCCUCAUCAGCCAGAACUCUACAUACCGCUGCAGGCGCCUCUAGCUCCUCCUCCACCAUCUAUCUUUGGCGAGCUUUCACUUCCUCCACCACCAUCUUCCUGUGGCGAGCCUUUACGUCCUCCUCGACCAUCUCCCUUUGGGGAGUUUUUGGUUCCUCCUCCGCCAUCUCCCUUCGGUGUGCCUUUCAGUGAUCAAUUUAUCGGCACCAGUUUUUCAAACUACAAUCCAUGGAACUAG